CUUCAGUUUAUCAUUACGUGUUGUUGUUUCCCUUGGUUGCUGGCGGAAGAGUUCUGUCAAGUACCGACUCUCUUAGAAGAACUAAAAGAAAACUUUAAACAGAGAGAGAAUGGAUGCAUGGAACUCCACUCCAUUAGAAAUCGCAUACAUAGUUUUUGGUUGGAUUUCUUUUGCUUCUUGGGGUUUUAGUUUCUAUCCUCAGAUUAUUCUCAACUUCAGAACAAAAAGUGUUGUAGGACUGAAUUUUGACUUCUUGGUUCUGAACUUGACAAAGCACUCAUCAUAUCUUAUCUACAACGCCACUCUCUACUUUAGUCCUGUUGUUCAGAGACAAUAUCAUGAGAAAUAUGGAUUUGACCAGAUGAUCCCCGUAGCUGCAAACGAUGUAGCUUUCUCAACUCAUUCUGUUAUGCUGACAGCAGUUGCCUUUUACCAAGUUUUUAUCUAUGAACGUGGAACUCAGAAGGUCGCCAGAUCUUCUAUUGCAAUCACUGCAGCAGUUUGGGUGUCUGCUGCAGUUUGUUCAUUUGUAGCAUGGCCAAACCAAUCUUGGCUAUGGCUGAUAUCUGUCUUCAACGCAAUACAAGUCACCAUGACAGUCAUCAAGUACAUUCCACAGGUCCUCUUGAACUGCAAGCGGAAGAGCACUGAAGGAUGGAGCACUGGCUACGUAUUCCUUGAUUUACUUGGAGGUGUGACCAGCUAUACACAAAUGGUUAUGCAAUCUAUAGAUCAGGGUUCUUUGGUGAACUUUUACGGGAAUUUGGGAAAGUGUUUGCUCUCAUUGGUAUCCAUCUUCUACGACCUUAUCUUCUUGUUUCAACGUUAUGUGUUGUACCAUUACAAGAAGGACGAAAUAUCUUCCAACUCAGAGAUGGUUCACGAUGAGAGUGCAGCUCCACUGAUAAAGUCCUCCUACCAUUCCCAAGCAGAAAACGUUUAACUCCUGUAUUUCUAUAUUUUUCGCCUGAAGUGUUCUUUUUUUUUUUUUUACUUCAUGUAGUAUAAGUGCUGCUUUUACAGAGCAAAUAAAUUCUUGAGCAAAAUAAAACUUUCAUGAUCUUUAUAUCCUAUCAAGUUGAGAAGAUUUAUUUGUACAAUGAUCUCUUUCUCUCAUCAGAUGCAUGGAUAAGACCCAAGGGUCUUCAACGACACUGCAGUCAAGAACCACUUGGAAAGAUUUCAGACUGGCUACAUCUUUGAGUGACCCACACACUCAAGCCCUUGCCUUUGCUUAUGUUACUAAUAGAGCAAAUCAGUCAUCGUACAUGUCAUCAUCCUCUCCAAAAAAGUAGCUCACUGAAAAAGCUUUCACCUACCUGUUUUCAUCAGCCAGCAGCCUUGGAAAGAUUCAUCAACCCUGGACCACAGUGAAGUUCACUCACUGCCUUUAGGAACUCCAAGUCUCCAACACUCAGUUUCACCUGCCAUUAAGAAGAAAACCGACGGAGGAGUUUCUUGAAAACGCAAAACAAGUUCCAGGAAGAACUAAUUCAGUUUCUCUGUACUAAUAACUGGGGAAUUGGAUAUUAAGGACUGCAAAACAGCAAGCAGAAAAGAGAUAGUACACAAACGAACCAACAAAUUGGAUAUCUAGUUUUACUCUGUCAACAAAUAAUUGUGUGCUAGAAUGAAUUUCACUGACUAACUAAAUUUCUCUGUAAUUCUCGUGCAAUCUCAUUUGAUUCUGAACGAUUUA